GAGUACUCAUUCCAAAGUCUAGGUAACGAAAAGCAAAAACAUAAAAAAAAAAAAAAAGAAAGGAAAAGUUAGGAAAAGAUGAAGAAGUCCAACUCUUCCAUUUUGAUUAAGCUUUUGGUGCUACAAUGUCUAGCAGUUGUUUGUUUGUCGCAGAGUUUUGAUUUCUUCUACUUUGUUCAGCAGUGGCCAGGAUCAUAUUGUGAUACGAGACAAAGUUGUUGCUAUCCUGAGACUGGAAAGCCUGAUGAAGAUUUUGGCAUUCAUGGCCUUUGGCCUAAUUAUAAUGACGGCACUUACCCCUCUAGUUGCGAUAGGAGCAACUCUUUUGAUGAAUCGAAGAUCUCAGAUCUCCUGAGUAGGUUGGAAAAGGACUGGCCCACACUAGCCUGCCCAAGUGGUGAUGGGAUAAAGUUUUGGGGACAUGAAUGGAAUAAACAUGGGACUUGCUCUGAAUCGAACCUUGACCAGCACUCCUACUUUCAAAAAGCUCUUGACCUUAAAGCCAAAGCAAACCUUCUUCAAGCCCUCCAGACCGCAGGAAUUCGACCUGCUGAUGGAAAAUAUCACAGCUUAGAAAGCAUAAAGGUAGCCAUUGAACAAGCACUUGGUGUUACCACAUUCAUUGAUUGCAAUGUGGAUACUAGAGGCAACCACCAGAUCUACCAGGUUUACCUGUGUGUGGACACUUCUGGCUCCAACUUCAUCGAAUGUCCGGUGCUACCACAUGGCCGCCCUUGUGGAAAUAAAAUUGAAUUCCCCUCCUUCAGCUCAGACUCCAACCACGACGAACUCUGAUCAUCUCAUGAUUUUCUCAAUCAUUUUCCAAAGAGUAAUCUGCGUAUGCAGAUUAAUGUUUAUAGAUCCUGAUACAUGUGUCCAGAACCAUCCGAUGCACGUAGAUUUUUCCUUUAGGAUCCACGUGUAUCACACGGUUACCGGUACAUUAGUGUUCGAAUCUCUGCACACAAAUCUACGCACAUGGACAUUCUCUUUUUUAAAUGAUCAUGAGUUCCUUGUAUUAUGACGUAAUUCGUUGUAUUAAUAAUUUGAUAGACUCUUCCAAUUUCCUUUGUAGCAAGAAACCUUGUGCUUUAUGAACCUUGAUAACCUAUGAUUGCUGUAUUGAACAUGGACGAAUGCUUGUGAACAAA